AUGAACGCUCGUGAAGAAGAGAACGGAGUUCCUCCAGUUCUGGCUGGCGUGCCAUGGGAUAUUAUAGACGAUACCACUCUGGAAUCGGUGUCGGACAAUGAAAUGCUGACACAGACGGCGGUGUUCCUGCUCGUGCAUGGCUUCGUAAGCACCAGAUAGAAUCGUUGAGUUGAUUAUUUGAAAUUUGUAGGUUAAAGAAGCCAACAGCAGAGUGGCGGCGCCGAAAAUUGGACUACUCUUACCAGAUGUCGCCAUCGAGUUCUCGUCGAAUAAAAUUGGUGUCACGGAAGCGAAAAAACGAGUUUUUUUCCAACAUCAAGAAAAUACAACGCUCAUCGUCCCGUGUCUCGAGCACGGCCAUUUUUUUGUACUUAUCAUCGAAAAAGAACAGAAUCGAAUUCUUGUUGCAAAUUCGGUUCGAUCCCUAUGCUAUGGCAACAACAAAAUAAGGGAAUUCGGAGCUUUGAUGGAUUUGGGCAGACCGUCAAUCAAAUUUCUGAAGGUCGCCCAACAAAAUGAUAGGACCUCGUGCGGAGUAUUUUCUGCGCACUUCGCGCAGUUGUACUGUGAGGGGCGUCUCACAGAGCACUGCAAUGCUGUUAAGAACUGUAAUCAGCCCAACGUCAUUGAUACAAAAAUUCUUAUUUUGUCAUUUCGUGAAAAUCUCAGCAGAGUAAGUUUCAAACACAGACUCAAGUUCAAAAAACGUAUUCCAGAUGAAGGCGGAACAGCAAAUAUACAACGAAGAGGACUUUGCGCAGUCGUUUGCACAGAUCCACGAUCCGGCUGACAUUGUUUUGGUUGAUUGCGCUUCGAGGGAACCAUCUCCAAUCUCGCAACCAGGAACUCUUCCGCCGUCACCUGCCGCGAGCCCCGUUCGACGCGAACAGCCUCUUCGGGCUGCUGCAAAACGGACCGCCGUGAGUAUAUUCUUCAAUUUAUUGAAAAGUGUUCAGUUUUCUUUUACAAUCUACUCUUACGUAUUACAAACUUGUUUUUCAGGCACCGAUUCGCAGGACAUGCACGAAAGAGAAAAACCCGAGAGUCAGUUCUUUUUUCACAAAUUUUUAUUCCAGUAAAAACGUAGUUUCAGGGCGACGUGAAACGCCAAAAGUUCCUUGAAAGAAAAUUUGCCGAAGGACAUUAUUAUUUGAACAGUUCAGAAAUACUCGAUGAAGAGCAUAAUUAUGAUCCCAUUUGCGUUAGUUUUCAAACUUUAUGUAAACGGAAGAAAGAUAUGCUUCCAGAUAAGUAGUAACCUUGCCCGGCUCCGAAAAAAAACCAAUAAGCAACGAUUGGAAAAUGGCGAGGAACCCAUUCCGCCCUCUGAAAGAAGCCAGAGAGUAUGGCCGGAAUGGAAACGGGCCAUACUAAGAAGCGCUUACAAGAAGAAGCAAACGUGGUCCAAAUAUGACAUAAAGAAAUUGGCAGUUUCUACAAAAUUGACAGUCAAACAGGUAAUAAUCAAUCUCUUGCAUUCGCUGAUUUUGCACUUUCAGGUGCGGGGAUUCCCACAGGGACAGGCCAAACGGGAUUCUGGAAAGCAAAAAGAGUAUUUGCGCAGAUAUCGUGACAAGAAAAGACAAAAAGAAGGCAAAACAGUACGAGUGGUUAUGGCUCUGCAGGGCUGGGCAAACUUCGGCCCUGGCUUUUCAAAGGCUUUUUUAGGCCUUAACUUUUGAUCCAUUUCUUGUAAUAAUCCGAUCGGAUCCAAACUUUGCAGGCUUCUUGGAAUUGGAUUGAAGUAUAUUGGGUCCGAGUUUCAGACCGGUCCGAUUAUCCAGUGUAUACUGAUUUGAGGCUGAAAAGGCCGGGUUUUUGCGAAACUUGCGGCCUUUUCGGCCUCACUUCCACAUGCAUGUCUCAGGACCAGAUGAUCCCAACGGUCUGAAACUGGGACCCAAGUCCAAGAAGUCUGCAAAGUCUGGACUCGAUCAGAUCAUUGCAAGUGGGUCAAGGCAGGCCUUCAACAAGCCUGGGCCGGCCUUUUGCCCAGCCCUGUUGCUCUGAGAACUUGCCAUAAUUGAAACGAAAAACUUACAGAAGAAGUUCUUGAUGGAGGAUCAAAAGGGAUUCCCGAUUGUGCGCGCAGCUUUCAUUCCGCGCAAGCGCUACACGAAAAAAGAUUUGAAGGCGCUGGCGGAAGAAAGCAAAAUUUGCUGGAACCGCGUAAGUAUUGCGAAAAAGAAAACGAAAAUUGACUUUAAAAUUACAGAUCAGAACUUGGAUACAUAACAAUAACAGGGAUAGAAGACAAAAGAAAGAAUAGAAGUGAAAUUAUCAAAGGUAUUCACUUUUUCAACAGAUACAUUUUCUUCCAUAGUUCAACAUUUCACUCUCGCAUGUUUAUUAACUUUCAAUAAUCAGAUUGUCACUAUAUUUGUCCUUCUGAAUUGUAAUUAUAUAUUGUUUUCCUAUUGUCAUUACAUUGCCUGUCAGAUUGUCAUAAAUUUUAGUUCAUCAUGUUUUCAAUUUUUAUGAUAGAAGAGUAAAAUAAACAUUUUUUUGAAAUGUUGUUAAACUAUCACUCUGAACUUGCAGUAGUCGGAUGGUAGAGCUCAGUGUUGAGCGGAAUUCCGUCUUCCGUCUUCCGUCUUCCGUCUUUCGUUGUUUUUCUUGUUCCGUCUUCCGUCUUCCGUAAAAAAAUUUUUCUUCCGUCUGCCGUCUUCCGGAUUUCAAAAUUCCAUUUCCGUUCAACUCUACUAGAGCUGCAAGAAGCUUCGGAGAAGCAUUGUCUGUCCUCACGAAAGGAUUUUCAGAAACUUUGGAAAACUCGACGUUUUUGAACAACGGGAAGAUGAGACGGAAGUCAUCUGGUGUAUUUAGAAAAAUACAGGAGUUGGCUUAUCUUUCUAGAUAUUAGAUACAUUGCAUUAUAACACUCAAAACUAAUUUUCAGAAUAUUGUUGAGCUUUGUUGCAACGUUGACGUUUCAGAUACGCCCAUUUGUUGUCAGUUUGCCCGAUGAAACUUUUAAUGACAUAAGAAACUCAUUGGUUAUUGCCACGUCAUAAAUAACAGAUCCUAGUCCUCAACCAAACACGAUCCCAAGUAGACUAUUCAAAAUUCCCUUAUGUCCUUGACAAUAUUCCAUUCGGUGAAAAGAGAGUGAGAGCGAUGACGAAGCAAAUUCGAAAAAUGUAUUGAUCGGAUCCUCCAUCAUUUGUUUGUUUUCAUGAAUCAGCUUUUAUUUAAAGUCACGAUGGCCUCUCAACAUUAGACAGCACGAAGGUGGAAAGUCGUCAAAAACGCCGCAACUCCAACUUCUGACUACAACAUCGAAUUUCCCCAUUAUUCUGCAAGAUUUUUAUAACAAAUGGAAGCCUGUAAGUUGUAGAUUCUGAAAAAACACUUUUCAACCGAUUCCUGAAAAUAUACAGUGGAGAUUCAGCGUGGUGAAGAAUGGUGCGCGCUCUGUCGCAAGUAGGGGGAGGUGGGAGAUAAAAAGUGAAAGUGAAAGCAGGGGCGCUAGAGCAUUGCCCGGUUAUUUUUCGCUUUUGUUCUGCUUGUAGUAAGGUUUAUAAAAGAUUCAUUUUAGAUGGGCAACUCGAAGAAAACCGAACACGACACUCCCGAGGACGUACUCGAACAGGUAUGGGCAAUAAUCAGUACUGGGUGGGAGUAGGGAAAGUUAGACCUCGUCAGAGGGAAAAUUAGACCACGUCAGAGGGAAAAUUAGGCCACGUCCGAGGGAAAGUUAGGCCAUGACCGGGAGAAAGUCAUUUGACUGCGCCCAAGCGGAAGUCUCUUUUAUUUUGCAUGUCUCCUCGUCGGUUUUUUCCCCUGCUCUAUCUCGUUCUUUCAGAUGAAUUCCAACUUGGUUCUUCUUUCCCAUCACUUAAACAACCUUCCAUUCCAGCCGUCCAUUUGUCUGUUCAACGACAGACCAGCACAUUUUCAUGAAAAGCACAGUAGAGGUCAGUGCAAAAAAAAGAAAAUCAGUAAAGGAUUCCAAAGUACUAUCGUGGCUUUUCAUAUGCGCUCUGUUGAGAAAAUUGUGAUCUCAGGGGCCUUUGAAAUUCCAUGAUAGUACUGUAUAUUCAUGUGGAGGGUGAUAAAUUGAAUGCUUUUCAGAAACAACACUUAAGACAUCAAUCUUUUGGUUUCAGGCUUGAUUGAAGAAAUGGGAAUGACGACGCGAUGGAAACGAUGCGCUGGCAACAACACGAGAGCAUCCGUAAGGCAACUCCUACAUAUACACAAGUAGUAUAUUCGCAAAUAUUUCAGUGCUCAAUAUGCUCGGAUUUUUGCUUCAGUGCACCUAUAGCUGCCCGAAACUCGACGAUAAGGGAAUGCGAUGGGAGUACAGCUGCUACGAGAUCGGCCACAGUGAGCGCAUUCUUCUCUACUGGAAGAGUGCCACAAAUUGUGUGGUCAACAAUUUUUCAAUAAAAAAUUAUCGUCAUUAUCUGAUUUUGUUAACAACAAGGAAGAUCUGCUGAAACAACUUGCCACGAGUUACUCCCCAUCUUUUUGGAACUUCUUUCACUGUAUCUUCUCAUUGUUGUAAUUUCACGUAGAACCUGUUGCGUGAUACCAUCUACAAUACUUCCGAAUCUGUCAGACGCUGCCGAAACUUGCCAAGGUCAUGAAUUUGCUAUUGUUUCUUCAUUUUCCAUUUUCAUCUAUCUUCUUCUCUAUUUCAAAGAAGAGAAAACGGAGAGAAGAAAGAAUUACUUGAAGAAAAUGAAUGGGAAGAAAAAAUGAAGGUCAAAAAUUAUCUUAUGUGAUGUUUAUGUGAUGAAAGUGGUAGCAAAAUGUUAGUGUUGGCAAUUUCAACUCAUAAUAACAGGAAACUACAGUGAACAAAGUUUCAAAAUUUUUUGCAGGAGUAAAAAGCAGUUUUAUUUAAUUGUUUUGAUGAUAUGGUGCGUCAAAUGUCAAUAACCAAUUCCCCCAUUUGUUCUUCCAUAACCAUCUUCUAUCACAGUUCACGGUUAUUUUCUCUUCUCUUCUCCAUUUUUCCAUCAUUUUUCUUUUCUCUCUUCUUCAAUUUCAAACGUCGCGUCAAAGAUGGAAGAAGAAAAGAUAAAAUGCGAGUGUUUGCAUUCUUUUCUUCUUCUUUUUCUCCUUUGCAAAAGGUGAAGGACGAAGGACGAAUGCAAUGUAGAAGGUGAAAAAUAAAGGGAAGAAAGGAAGGAGAAAAGAGAGACACUGCCAUUUCGUCGCCACUAUCAAGCGGGAGAACAGUUUCUCCUUUUUUCUCAACGUUACUUCAAUUCUGGAGCACAAACAAUGAAGCUAGCAGUUCUGUGCCUCGACUGUGAACAGUCAGAAGUGUACAAUAAUGUUGAAGAUUUGAGAGCUCACAUUGCCAGCGAACAUCUCAACAUGUGUCCCUAUGAGUGAGUUUUUUUUUUGCAGGAAGAUGGGUUGGAGGUUAAAGUGCCGCAAGACAUAGUCAUUGAAAACAACAUAUUCGUCGAGCUAGACAUGCAUAGUCAGCGUUUUUGCGUUUAAAAACAGGCGCCUGGGGUAGGUAACGGUCACCGGUCAAUGCGAUUUUUUCAAAAAUUAAAUGAACCGGUGACCGUUAUGAGUCCAUGCCAAUUUUAAAAAAAUGGGCUGGAGGGACGGUGGUCUCUAUAGAAAUUCAAGGUAGGACGGGGCACUCUCUAACCUUCACGCAUUAGAACACACCUAGGCACGUUUUCCGGCGACGCGAGCGAGACCGCCCGCGCAAUCCUGCUUCUUAGUGUCAGCCGUCUCCAUGCCAAUCGGCGCUCAAUCCUAUUUCGAAUGUUAGAGAUCCGACAGAAAUAAAAUCAAACAGUGUAUUUAAAGUAAAAUUUGACCGCUCUCGACUCUCUAUCAAGACACAUUGAGUCUUGCCUAAGAGGUGGCUUCGGGGCUAGUGUACCUACAUUAUUUAAAAAUUUCAGGUGCGAAAAGUGUAAGUAUGCCAAGUUCCCAACAGAAUUCGCCCUUGUGACUCAUUGUCAGAACGUUCACGGUCUGCAGGAAAUGAUGGUUAGUUAUUGAAAGUCUGGUUUUCAGUGAUUCUGCUCAUUUUUAGAUCAGGUACCGAUAUACGCCUGAGCUGAACGCAAAAAUGAACGAGCUGGCGAACAAGCUCACGCGUUGUUUGGUUUCUGAUCAUUCUGUAGCUGAAGAAGAGAAGCAAAGCGAGUUGGUGUCAAGUACAAUGGCAAAGAUGGAUUGUUCCGAUUCUUCCGCUUUGUUCCUGGAAUCCUCGUCUUUGGAGUCAUUUCAAGCAUUUUUGGGUAACAAUAAAAACCUAAACACUUAUUCAACCAAUCUUUUCAGAUAACGCUCUGUCCCAACCAGCAAAGGGUAGAAAAAUUAAGAAAUGCAAGAAGAUUCAAUGCGCACUGUGCAGUGAAGUGGUAUCCAAGGAAAGAUCGAGUAUGGUCUAUCAUGCGAACACCCGACAUGGAAAGUACGAGCUCUAUGAAUGCGGAUACUGCCAACGUAAAUGGCAAACGAUUGCCAAAUCGGAUGUUGUCAAGCACAUCAAAAGUCAUCAUGAGCAGCUCAAUGAAAAUGUGAACAUGGAUAUGGUGAUCGAUAAUCGCAAGACUCUGGGUACGAAACUGAAAGAGAUAACUGAACAGUGCUUUCCGGGGAGGACAAGAAGGUGAUCAGGAACCCCAAAGCGGUAUUUGUACCAAGCAUAAACCGUUUUAAGGAAUUUGCAUUUGUUUUUUUGUUUUUAAAAUUGAAUGGUCGCGAAAUAAACACAAUCACUCAUUAUGAUUCGAUUAUUCUUUACUUCAUUUCGCUGCAUAUUUCUCAGUUUCUCCGCAUCUUUUGUGAGUUGAAAUUGAAAGAAAAUGGUAUCAACUGGAGUGGAACGCAACAUGAAGAUCCAACUUGCUACAUCACUUGUCACGGAUGCUGUCAAAAUCUUCUUCGAAAAUGAUUAUCAUUUUGGGGCCGUGAAUGCCGUUUUGCUCGUGCUUUUAAUUCUCAAAUGAAAUGUUCACGGUAUGCAUGACAAUUUAUGGUAACAUAGCAUAAGGUACUUCUUUAUCCCAAGUUUUUAAAAUUUGAUUGCUUCCUAGUGCCGCGCCGCCCGAAAAAUUAAUAUGAUCUGAUGAUUCUCACAAUAAUCAGUUUCUGUGUGGAUGAUCUAAUUGGAAAUUGGAAUCCUUCAUUUUCAUCACGUGCAGAAAAAACUCGUGAUAAUGAUUACAUGUGUUUACAUACUAAUGAGCCUUUCUUUUUCUCCCGCAUCUCUUUCUGCUGAUCUCUCACUUCCACUGCUUUUCGCUGGUUGCCCUGGCGACCAAACGAGUAUAUAAAAGCAAAUCAGCGGAUUUCUCCUCAUUCUUUCUUUUUCGACUCUCAUUGAGGGUCACCUGCACUUCUGCGGGUCUUCCGCAGAGUGUAUAUCUUUUUUAUUAACUUAUUUGACUUGUAUCGGGUACAUUUAUUAUUGAAGAAAACGUUUCCAAGUAAGUCAGUAAAAUUUGGGAAAAACUUGAACUCAGAAGAGAGAGAGAGAGAGAGAGAGAGAGAGAGAAAUGGACUCAUUAGCUUAGGCACGUAAAAAAGAUGAGUAAAGGGUCGAUUUAUUUUGAAUUCAAUUUACAGAAAUGGAAAAAAACGUUCAUGCGAUGACUUCAUUCUGCCGACUCAACCAGUUCAUCAAUGAUGACGACUGUCGGAACUUUCGGAUGAUCUUUCUGAUGCAAACGAUCAGCCAGACCGUCAGUAUUCGACCGAUCUGAACUAGACGGCUAAUUGUGGUUUUUCAGAACUACGACGUCACUACCACUAGUUGA